AUGGUUGUGGGUGAGGCCCUGGUGCAUAUGAGGAUCACUGUCCUGCAGCUGUGCAUGGGAAUCUUGCUCUUCCUUUCUGGAUGGGCCCAGAUUGGACACUCUCAACACCAUAGCCUCCCAGAAGUAGUGAUACCCUUGAGGAUAACUGGCACCCAUAGAGGAUUGAGACCCCCUGACUGGAUCUCCUACAGUCUUCACUUUGGAGGCAAGAAACACAUUGUYCACAUGAAGGCCAAGAAACUUCUGGUGUCCAAAUCCUUCUCUGUGUUCACCUACACAAAGCAGGGUGCUCUGCUCGAGGACCACCCUUUUGUCCAGAGUGACUGCUACUAUGAUGGCUAUGUGGAAGGGGACCCAGAAUCCCUGGUUGCUCUUAGCACCUGUUUGGGGGGCUUUCGAGGAACACUAGAGAUCCAUGACAAUGUUUAUGAAAUCAAACCCAAAAGACUUUCUACCACAUUUGAACAUCUGCUUUAUAAGAAGGACAGAGAGAAGACACAAUUCCCACCCAUGAGAUGUGGACUAACAGAAGAAGAACUAGCACGACAACUGAAGCUCCAAAGGAGUAAUAAUUCCAUUCUGAGACAAAGUGGUUAUGAAGGCUGGUGGACCCACACAUGGUAUCUUGAAGCAGUUUUUGUUGUAGAUUAUGAGCAAUACCUUUAUAAGAAAAGUAAUAUCUCACUUAUUACACAGGAAAUAUUUGUCAUUGGCAAUACAGUACAUUCCCUUUUAAAAAAAUUGGAUGUUGAAUUGAUUUUACUUGGAUUUGAGGUCUGGAAUGAAAGGAACCUUGUCAGUGUGACUGAUAACAUAUCUAAACUCCUGGAUGAUUUUUGCUAUUGGAGGAAAACCAGCUUUCAAUCUCGCAUAAAAACUGAUGUUGUACAUUUAUUGGCAAGACAAGAUUUUCAUAUAUAUCUUGGCUUAUCUUAUGUUGGAACUGUAUGUGAAUCUUACUUGGGAUGUGCAGUGAAUCGUGUCCUGGAUGAUAAACCAUUGGAAAUGUCACUUUCCAUAGCACAUGAGAUUGGACACAAUCUGGGUAUGUACCAUGAUGCAGUAAUAUGUACAUGCGGGCAACCCCGUUGUAUAAUGUCCAGAGAACCACCAUAUGGCUCAAAAUUCAGCAACUGCAGUUAUGCUUAUAUGUGGGAAAACUUUCCAUCUAUGAACUGUUUGCGAACUGCACCGAAACAAGUGGCCCACCCCAGAGGGACUAUCUGUGGGAAUGGUGUGGUUGAAGAAGGAGAGGAGUGUGACUGUGGACCCCCAAAUUUGUGUUCAAACCAUCCAUGUUGUUCAGAAAGUUGCACUCUGAAAAAUGGGGCUGAAUGUGCCUCUGGGCUUUGUUGUGAAGACUGCUAUCUCUUGCCACAAGGUAGAGAGUGUAGAGAAAAUGUCAGUGAGUGUGAUCUUCCAGAGUGGUGCAAUGGCACCUCACCUGAGUGUCCAGAGGAUGUGUAUGUGCAGGAUGGGCUCCAAUGCAGGGACAGUGGCUACUGCCAUGAGAAGAGAUGCAAUGUACGUGAUGAACAGUGCAGACAGAUAUUUGGCAAAGAAUCCAGGAGUGCACAGAAGAGUUGCUACACGGAAGUGAACCGCCGAGGUGACCGCUUUGGUAACUGUGGUCUCAGUGAUGACCACUAUGUUAUGUGUAAUAAGUCAGAUUUCCUCUGUGGAAGAGUUCAGUGUGAGAAUGUGAAAGAAAUUCCUACUUUGACAGGUCACUCUACAGUGCAUCGGAUGGACUUCAAUGGUGUGACCUGCUGGGGUACCGACUAUCAUUUUGGGAUGACCAUACCAGAUAUUGGUGCUGUGAAAGAUGGCACAGAGUGUGGUGAUGGACUUGUGUGCAUUCGCCGGAAGUGUGUCUCUAAAUUUUUGUUGACAUUUAAUGCAAAAUGUUCAGCAAAGAACUGUGCUAUGAAAGGGAUCUGCAACAACAAACAUCACUGCCAUUGUGACCCUUACUGGGGUCCCCCCAACUGCACAGAAAAAGGCCAUGGAGGGAGUGUUGACAGUGGCCCACCACCUCCUGAACCACCCACUCUACCAGCCCCUGAAUCAAUCACUACACCACCCCCUACACCAACCCCUACACCAACCCCUGCACCAUCCAAUGCACCAACCCCUGCACCAUCCAAUGCACCAACCCCUGCACCACCCAGUGCACCAACCUCUGCACCACCCAAUGCACCAACCCCUUUUCCACCCAAUGCACCAACCCCUGCACCACCCAAUGCACCAACCCCUGUACCACCCAAUGCACCAACCCCUGCACCACCCAAUGAAAUAACCCCUGCACCACCCAAUGAAACAACUCCUGCACCACCCCCUGAAAAAAUGGUAAAAGAGAAAAGGAAAAGCUUCCUCUAA